GUCUAAAUAUAUCUGACUUACUUCAACUCUAUUAUCAUUGGAGUACAAAUUUCACAACACUGUCUUAAUUCAACUCUAAAUAGUGUCACAACACAAUUUUUGUGACACUAUUUAGAAUCUUACCAAAAUCCCCAAAACCAUUUUUAUUUUCAUAUUUUGAUAUCAAUGGGAGGAGUACUUGAACUAAUCUUCAUCCCCGGACCCGGAAUCGGCCACAUCGUCUCCGCAAUCGAGGUCGGAAAACUCAUAGUCAACGAAGAUUCGCGACUUUCCAUCACGUACCUCCUCAUCAACGACCCCGCCGUUCGUGAGUACACGAACUCAAGGCAAUUCCACCCCCGCCUCCGCCUCCUCAACCUCCCCGAACUCGAUGAGGCCAGCUCAGACUCCCAAACAAAGUCAAAGCUGCCCGAGGUCAAGUCCAAAGAGAAGGUUGACCGACAAAAGCCUCUCGUCAGAGAGGCCGUUGCCGGCAUCACGGCGACUAAGGAAGCCCGCGUCGCCGGCCUCGUAGUCGACAUGUUUUGCCUCACCAUGACCGACGUCGCCGACGAAUUCUCGAUCCCGGCCUACUUAUUCUUCGCGUCCGGCGCCGGCUUCCUCUCCCUCAUGGCGUACAUGAGACGGUUGACCGACGAGCACGGCGCCGAUAUAACGGAAUUUAGAGACUCCGACGAAAAAUUCUCCGUCCCCGGAUUCGUCAACCCUGUUCCGGCGACGGUUCUGCCGUCGGCGAUGCUGGAUAAAGACGGCGGCUCCGCCGCCGUCAUGUCGUCGGCACGACAAAUUCGGAAAGUCAGGGGGAUCUUCAUCAACACUUUUCAAGAACUCGAGCCAAAAUUAUUCCAAUCUUUUUCAAUUUCAAAUGAGGAUGAUUUGCCGCCGGUCUACGCCGUGGGACCUGUACUCAACUUUCCAACCGCGUCGGAAUGGAAAGAUUCCGACGCGGUUGAAUUUCUCGAUCAGCAACCGCGAAAAUCGGUAGUGUUCCUCUGCUUCGGGAGCGAGGGGAGAUUCUCAGAUCCGCAGAUCAGACAGCUGGCCGCGGCGCUGGAGUCGACCGGCAGGAGAUUCCUGUGGUCUCUCCGGCGGCGCGGGGAGAAUCAGAGCGGGUCAUCGACUGCGGGGGUGGAGUCGAUUCUCCCAGAGGGAUUUUUGGAGAGGACUAAAGGGGUGGGGAAGGUGGUAGUUGGGUGGGCCCCGCAGGCUGCGGUGCUGGCGCAUCCUGCGGUGGGGGGAUUCGUGUCGCACUGUGGAUGGAAUUCGAUUCUGGAGAGCGUGUCGUGUGGGGUUCCGAUGGCGGCGUGGCCGCUCUACGCGGAGCAGCAGAUGAAUGCGUUUCAGGUGGUGGAGGAGGUGGGAGUGGCGGUGGAGGUGAGGGUGGAUUAUAGGGGGGAGAGUGGGGUUGUGGUGGGGGCGGAGGAGAUAGCGGCGGCGAUAGAGCGGCUGAUGGAGGGGGAGAAGGGGGUGAGGGAGAGGGCGGAGGAGAUGAGGGAGAAGAGUGCCGGCGCCGUCGCGGAUGGUGGUUCUUCUAGAAUUUUUUUGGCUAAGUUUGUACGUGACAUUAGGGAUAAUUCGAGUGGUUGAGAGUUUAAUUAGGUUGGUUUUAAUUUUGGUAUUAAUGAAUUUGUCAUUUUAGAUUUUGGUUGUAUGGUGAAACUGAAACCUGCUUGUACCGGUCCGCAUUUAAUUUUAUUACUAUGUUUUGAUUUUAUGUA